AGUUCGAAAAAAGUACUGAAACGUGUUUAUCACUGCAAACAUUAUCGAAGUAUCGGCUCCGAUUUUAAAGCUAGAAAAAUAAAAUGGGAAUUAUUGAAAUGGAAAGUUUCUUCAAAAAUGUUGUAGUUGGACCACCGAAUUCUACGUUGUCUCUUCUCAAGGCAUUCGCAGAGGACAAAAAUCCAGUGAAAGUGAACUUGUGCAUUGGAGCUUAUCGCACCAGCGACAAUCAACCAUACGUUUUGCCAGUAGUGAGAAAGACGGAAGCCAGAAUAGUCGAAAAUAGAAAAAUAAACCAUGAAUAUCUGCCUUCGUGUGGACAACAAAACUUCACCACAUCUGCAAUCGAAUUACUACUUGGUGAAGAUUCAAUCGCUAUCAACGAGAAUCGCGUACAUGGCAUUCAAUCCAUUUCUGGAACUGGUGCGUUGCGUCUAGGAGCUGAAUUUCUAUUCAAUGUACUUGGACAUAAAACAGUAUACAUGUCAAAUCCAACUUGGGAGAAUCAUGAAAGAAUUUUCGGUCGUGUCGGUUUCACGGACAUUCGAUCGUAUCGAUAUUGGAAUUCAGAGACUCGAUCGGUUGACAUUGAUGGGAUGCUCGAUGAUUUGGAUUAUGCACCGCAAGGUGCCGUAGUUUUGUUGCACGCUUGCGCUCACAACCCGACCGGCAGUGAUCCAACACCAGAUCAAUGGAUUCGUAUUGCAAAUACUAUUGAGAGAAAAAAUCUGUUUGUGUUCUUUGACUCGGCCUAUCAAGGGUUUGCUAGUGGUGACACAAACAAAGAUGCGUUUUCCGUUCGAUAUUUUAUUUCACGGGGCUUUGAAUUGCUUUGCGCACAGUCAUUUUCAAAGAUUUUCGGUUUGUAUGCCGAACGAGUUGGCUGUCUCAUCGUUGUACACAACGAGUCUUCGACAAUAGCAGCUGUAACAGAUCAAAUAACAAAUAUAAUAUACGAUUCAUACUUAAAUCCGCCCGGAUAUGGUGCAUGUAUCAUUGAAACUGUCCUAAAUGACAACGAACUCUAUGAAGAGUGGCAAAACGAUCUAAAACUAAUGUCAAACCGCAUUCGAUCCAUUCGCAAAUCGCUUUAUGAUGAGUUGAUUCAUUUGAAAACACCUGGCUCCUGGAAUCACAUCAUCGAUCAAAUUGGCAUGUUUUCUUAUACCGGACUAAAUGAAAAUCAAGUGGAUACACUGAUAAAUGAGCACCACGUUUAUCUUCGAAGGAAUGGUCGUAUUAGCUUGUGUGGAUUAAAUGAAAGUAAUGUAACUUACGUAGCAAAGGCCAUCCAUGCAGCAAUCACAUCAAUUUCGAAUUGAAAAAAAAAAACAAAUAGAAAAAACAACUCAUCAAUUUAUUUUUUUCUGUAGAUUUAUUUGGUUGCUGUUUUUUGUGUGUUUUCAUCUUACACUUAGUUUUAAUACAUUUACAUAUAAUAUAAUGUUUUUUUUUCUUCUCAAAUGUUCAAUGUUUUUUAUUUGUUAUUGCUAAAUUUAUGCAUCAAAUAACAUUGUUUGGUCUUUUAAAA